AAACAAGGAAGCCCAGCCAUUGACGCUCCCUUGCAAAAUAAAAAAUCGAUAAAGCUUGAUGAUUUUCCCUUAUUUUCUUGUUCAAGUACAAGAUCUAAAGCUUGGAAAUCUUUCCCCUCUGCAGAAUUUCCAGAUCUGCUCUAUUCUUCCUCCUUUGUCGCCGGUUGCUGCUGGGUGUGAAUUUCGUAGAUUUCUUGAUUUUUACUUCCAUGCCCGUCGGCCUCCCCCAAACCCGCCAGCUUCGGUUUGCUUGCUAGAAAUUCUGGUAUGAAACAACUUUUAAAGCCGAAUUUUAAACCAUUUAAUCACUGCCUGUGCUGUUGAAUUUUCCUGUGUAAUAUGGAAGAACCCGUUUGUUGUUGCCCCUAUACUAUUCAGGAAUUUCUGCAGAAAAAGGGGAUAAAUUCCAACAGCCUUU